AGCCCCGCUGACCCCGGAGUAAAAUUUAUAUGGCAAGACUCUUUUUAAAUAUUACCGUACUUAAAGUUAAAAAAUUUUGCCAAGGUAAGAAGUAAUUAGUUGAGAAUCUGGAUGGCAACAUGAACUUGGUGCUAUUUUUUGCCCUGGCCCAAAUAUGUUAUUUGGCGCCUUUGUCUGACACAACUUCAAAAUUCACAACACACUUAAAGCACAGCAGCUUUUCGAUAUUCCCUCUCCAUCCUGCUGAAAAUUUUCUAUGUCAGGACCAAAAACGCUCGCAUUAUUCAGCUGCAUGUGUCACUCGAAAGAAAUGGAUCGUAAAUUGCAGGGAAGAACCGCACCAGUCAAACAAAUCGUCUGCAAAGUCGCAUCGCAAAACAGACACACGUGCAAGUCAGCUUUUCAGAAGUGGAUCCGAAACUGCCGGUAAUCAGACGGAAUUAUUUUCUGAAAACGUACAAAGAUUGCAUUCUCACCAAGAUCGCGUACUCCCGAACGCUGAGUCAUCUCACGGAUCAAGGUUGAAUACUGGAGCUAGAAUUUUAAUUCUUCAUCCAAUUUACGCUGGUAGUCACGAAGUAGUUCUUCGUCGUCUAGGUGAGGAAUUGGUUCGAAGAGGGUAUUCCGUCACCCAGCUGAAGUGGAAAAGCGACCAUGCUCCUAUUGACGAACGAAGACACGCAUCGUCUAAGUUUAAUGUUGAGCGAGCACACAAAUGGAAAGUAACGCACAACCUGACGACUCCUGGAGAUCAACUACACGAACAUGACGAGGAAUUUCGAGGGACCUCUGAAGAUUGCAAGUUCAUGGAUAUCAUUACGGUCAGCCCUGACAAUGAAGACUUGAGAUACCCGUACAUGCGGCGGGACGGCGCCCUCCAGCCUCCUACUCGUCUCCUGUGGCACACAGAGCGUUCCAUCCUCAAUGUGCCGACUGAUGUGUUUGGCCUCAUUGACGCCCAUUGCUCCACCCUGUUGGGCGAUGCAGAACUCAUAUCCACCCUAAACACAACCGGAUACACUGUAGCGCUUGUAGACCUCAUCGCCAACGAGUGUUCGUUAGCGCUGGCCAGGCUGCUGGGCCUGCCGGUCGUGGGCUACUGGGGCUUCCCCCUGCAGGGUGGAGAGGCACGCCGUGUGGGCAUGUCCCAGCUACCGUCAGUGGUGCCGGCAAUGAUGACAGAAGCGGGCUUCCGCAUGAACUUUUUCGAGCGAGUGCACAACUUCGUCUUCUCUCUAUUGGAUGAGCUUCUUGUUACAUACCAUCUCUCUGUAACCGACCACUGGAUCAAAAAGUUGCAUCCAUAUUUGCCGUCGUCGAGCCGCCUACUCUCCGAGGUAGACACUUUAAUGGUGAGCGUCAGCUGGCACGUCGACUACGCCAAACACUUGCCUCCUCACGUGCACUACAUCGGCUGCCUCACGUGCACCAAAGAGUUCUUUCUCGAUCAGGAAAUGCUGGAUUGGGUUGAAGGUUCAGGCGAAGCGGGCGUCAUUGUUUUCUCGUUUGGACUCACCGGUUUUAGUUCGAGUGUCGUGCCGGAAUCUUUCCGAGAUGGGGCAUUGCGUGCCCUAGCACAGCUGCCCCAGAGGAUCGUUCUUCAUUUUGACCCUGCGCAGCUGCAAACUCUGCCCCCAAAUGUCCUUGCCAGGACCAAUAUUCCUCAGCAAGAUCUCUUGGCGCAUCCCGCCACAAAGUUGUUCGUGAGUCACUGCGGAAUGAACAGCGUUAACGAGGCGGUGUACCACGCCACGCCUCUCCUGUGCGUGCCCAAUUUUGCGGACCAGGGGGACAUCGCCCGCCGAGUUCUGGACCGCGGAUUGGGACUUCGUCUCGCCAAGGAGGACCUGACUCAGGACACCCUCUAUGAGAUGAUUAACCGAGUGAUCCAGGACAAUAAAUUCAAUGAAUCGGUCACCAGGACAUCGCAAAUGUGGCAGUCAGAGGAGUCGGGCACUGACGCUGCAGUUAGGCUCAUCCUGAGCUUGCAUCGCUUCGGACCGUUCAAGCACAUCCAGCCACCCGGCACACAUUUGAAUAUUUUGCAGUAUUAUUGCCUUGAUGUUAUAGGCUUUAUUCUGGUUAUGGCCGUAGGCAUUUUGAUGAUAUUAAGUGAAUUAUUAUGUCAUUUAUACAGAUUGGCUAACAGCCAAAGGAAAAAAGGUUCAGAUAAGCUCGACUGAUUCAACUCCAAGUUUGUAUAGUGAUAGUUCAGGCAGCAGUUUUUCCCGUAUUAUUUCUUGGGUAACAAAAUAGUUUGGUGUUCAUACAGCAAUUUUGCUCAUUUAAAUUCGAUUCGUGUUCUAAAUCUCUGUCGUUCAGUAUAUAAAUAAAUAUAGUUUUUCAAUUAUGUUGGCUCAGUAUAGAGAUGUACAAAUUAUCGAAUGUUGAACGAAAGCAUCACUACUAACUAGAAGAGAUGAUCAUUUUAAUGUAUAGUUGACAUUUCUAGAUCGAUGAUUUUUAUACACUGAGGUAAAUUCCGUGAACAUAGCAGAGUCAACAGGGAGCGCAGCCGUGCACCACCAAUUUUGUGCACCAAUAAGC